AGCGCCCAAGAAAGAGCACUUAAGGCCAAGAACUCGGCCGCAAAAGUUUGAUUUACAGUUACGCUUGUGGGUUUUUGUGUGUGAGUGAUUUGUUAUCGGAUUGUCGGCUCCAUCCAGACGAAAUGAAUUGGAUUGUGGCCAUUCUGUCGGCAACGUUGCUGCUUCAGUGCACUGAAGCUGCAAAAGUUGUCUGCUAUUGGGGCACAUGGGCGGUCUAUCGACCUGGACUAGGCAGCUAUGGGAUGAAGGAUAUUCCAGUGGAUCUAUGCACUCACGUCAUCUAUUCUUUCAUUGGGGUGGACGAUAAAUCCUGGGAAAUCCUCAUUAUUGACCCCGAGUUCGAUAUCGAGCAAACUGGAUUCAGGAAUUUCACCGAUUUGAAGAAAACUCACCCCCAGGUCAAGUUCCAAGUGGCUGUGGGCGGCUGGGCGGAAGGUGGCGAAAAGUACUCAGCAAUGGUAGCUGAUAAGUCCCGAAGGGACACUUUCAUACGCAGCGUUGUUGACUUUAUGAACACCUACGGCUUUGACGGCUUCGACUUGGACUGGGAGUAUCCAGGGGCGGCCGAUCGGGGCGGCAAAUUCUCGGACAAAAACGUCUUCCUCUACUUCGUGCAGGAACUGCGGCGGGCGUUCGACAAAGAGGGCAAAGGCUGGGAAAUCACCAUGGCGGUGCCAGUUGCCAAGUUUCGCCUGGAUGAAGGCUACCACGUGCCAGAACUAUGCGAAACGCUGGACGCCAUCCAUGUGAUGACCUACGAUCUGAGAGGAAACUGGGCUGGAUUCGCCGAUACUCACAGUGCCUUGUACAAGAGACCGCACGAUCAGUGGGCCUACGAAAAACUCAAUGUGAACGAUGGUCUGUUGCUGUGGGUGAACUACGGCUGUCCACCCAAGAAACUCAUCGUGGGCGUGCCGUUUUAUGGGCGAAGUUUCACUCUCAGCCAGGGAAACAACAACUACAACUUAGGAACCUACAUUAACAAGGAGGCCGGAGGUGGAAGCCCUGGACCCUACACGAACGCCACUGGCAUGCUCGCCUACUACGAGAUCUGUGAAGAGGUGGACAACAAAGAGGGCAGCUGGAUCAAGCAAUGGGACGAAGCCGGAAUGGUUCCCUACGCCUACAAAGGCACCCAAUGGGUCGGAUAUGAGGACCCGGAAAGUAUCCAGAUCAAAAUGGACUUCAUCAAGUCCAAAGGGUAUGGAGGCGCCAUGACCUGGUCAGUGGAUAUGGACGAUUUCCAGGGCAUUUGCGGUCCGAAGAACGUGCUUCUUCACAUUUUGCAUGCCAACAUGAAGGGCUACACUGUGCCAGACCCAACCAUAACCACUUCUCCCAGGCCUGAAUGGGCCAGACCGCCAAGCACCCCAUCUGCCGAUGGGGCAGCAACCACUCAGCAGCCUGGACAAUGGAGCUCCUCAAAGCCCCCCACUCGCAGCACCACCAAAGCCCCUGAAGCCGCCAGCCGGCCUGAAUCGACCUCUUCUAAAGCACCGACUAGAAGAACCACCAAAGCUCCUGAAGCCACCAGCCGGCCCCAAUCGACCUCUUCUGAAGCACCGACUAGAAGAACCACCAAAGCGCCUCCUGCUGAAGGCAGCAGCCCUGGAAGUGGAGGAGCUUCGAACGAAAUCGACUAUCCGAAGGACUGCAAGGGGGACUUUAUGCCUCAUCCAGACUGCACUAAGAAGUUAAGUUAAUAAAUUCGAUAGCUCGAA